GCUGUUUUCUUCUCUCUGAGACACAAUUGAAACCUUGCACUCAAGGGAGCCGUACUGCACAUGAGCAUGGAGUGGAGAAUGGUCCCGGUCUGCUUGUUGCUGCUGCUCUCCAUUCUCUUGUUCCAGCAAGUUUCUUCUCAAGAUUUAUCAAGCUGUGCAGGGAGAUGUGGGGAAGGGUAUUCUAGAGGUGCCACCUGCAACUGUGAUUAUAACUGUCAACACUACAUGGAGUGCUGUCCUGACUUCAAGAAAGUCUGCACUGUGGAGCUCUCCUGUAAAGGCCGCUGCUUUGAGUCCUUUGCACGGGGAAGGGAAUGUGACUGUGAUGCCCAGUGUAAGACGUUUGGCAAGUGCUGUCCGGACUACGCCAACUUUUGUGAAGAAGUGCAUAAUCCCACAUCACCACCACCUCCAAAGACCGCACCUCCACCUCCAGAAGCAUCUCAAACCAUCAAAUCAACCACCAAACGCUCACCUAAAACACCAAAAAAGAAGACUAAGAAAGUUGUAGAAUCAGAGGAAAUAACAGAAGAACAUUCUGUUUCUGAAAAUCAAGAGUCCUCUUCUUCCUCUUCCUCUUCUUCCUCAACUAUUCGGAAAAUCAAGUCUUCCAAAAAUUCAGCUAAUAGAGAAUUACAGAAGAAACCAAAAGACAAGAAAAACCCUCCUAAGAAGAAACCCACCCCAGAUGAAGCUGGAAGCGGACUAGACAGUGGUGAUCCCAAGCUCACCCCAACUCCUGACACUCCUACCACCCCACGCAAUAAAGUUACCAGGCCUCCCACGACUACAACAGCAAAACCAAGAAAUCCGAAACCCAGCCUUCUGCCCAAUUCUGAGACACCAAAAAAGACAUCUUCAGCAGCCAGUAAAGAAACAGCAGUUGAAACUAAGGAGACAAAUAAAAAGACUUCCACCAGUGCAAAAGAGAAGACUACUUCAACUAAAGAGAUUCGGAGUGCAGAGAAAACCUCUGCUCAAGUAAAACCUACCCCCAAACCUGAAACUACAACCCACGCUCCAGCUCUGACCACCCCCAAGGAGCCUGCACCCACCACCCCCAAGGAACCUGAACCCACCACCACCAAGGAAACAGUUCCCACCACCCCCAAGAAGCCUGAACCCACCACCCCCAAAGAGCCUGAACCCACCACCCCCAAGAAGCCUGAACCCACCACCCCCAAGGAGCCUGAACCCACCACCCCCAAGGAGCCUGAACCCACCACCCCCAAGGAGCCUGAACCCACCACCCCCAAGGAGCCUGAACCCACCACCACCAAGAAGCCUGAACCCACCACCCCCAAGAAGCCUGAACCCACCACCCCCAAGAAGCCUGAACCCACCAACCCCAAGGAGCCUGAACCCACCACCCCCAAGAAGCCUGAACCCACCACCCCCAAGGAGCCUGAACCCACCACCCCCAAGGAGCCUGAACCGACCACCCCCAAGGAGCCUGUACCCACCACCCCCAAGGAGCCUGAACCCACCACCCCCAAGGAGCCUGAACCCACCACCCCCAAGGAGCCUGAACCCACCACCCCCAAGAAGCCUGAACCGACCACCCCCAAGGAGCCUGAACCCACCACCCCUAAGAAGCCUGAACCGACCACCCCCAAGGAGCCUGAACCCACCACCCCCAAGGAGCCUGAACCCACCACCCCCAAGGAGCCUGCACCUACCACCACUAAGAAGCCUGAACCCACCACCCCCAAGAAGCCUAAACCCACCACCCCCAAGGAGCCUGAACCCACUACCCCCAAGAAGCCUGAACCCACCACCCUCAAGAAGCCUGAACCCACCACCCCCAAGGAGCCUGAACCCACCACCCCCAAGAAGCUUUCACCCACUACUCCUAAGGAGCCUGCACCCACUACCAUCAAGGAACCAGCUCCUACCACCCCUAGUGUUCCUGUUCCAACUACCACCAUGAAUCCUCCCACCACUCCCAAGACCCCUGCUGAACCACCUCCUGAGUUUUCUGCAGUACCCACACCAAAGAUUCUUGACAAGAGUCCAAAGGAGCCCUCUAUACGAACAACUAAGUCUCCAGAAGUGACCACAACUACUAAAGGCAAGACAACAGAAAAGGACAUAGAUACCACAUCUGAAAUAACAACUGCUUCACCAAAGACUACAACAAAAGAGACAGCAACUACAGAAGAAACAACCCCUGAACCACAAGACACCACAACUAAGGCAACAACUCCAAAAUCCCAGAAACCAACCAGAACACCCAAGAAACCAUCACCUACCAAAAAGCCAAACAAAGCACCCCCAAAGCCCACUUCUACCAGAAAGCCAAAGACCACUAAAGUGAAAAAACCAAAAACCACACCAGUUCCCCCAAAGAUGACCUCAACAAUGCCUGAACUGAGUCCUACCUCUUUAGCAGAAGCCAUACUGCAAACCACCACCAAUCCUAGACUAACUUCAAACUCAGGAACAGUUGAAGUAAAUCCAAAUCAUGAAGAUGCAUCUGGUGUUGAAGGAGAAAAACCUUCCAUGAUCCCCAGGCCUCCUGUGCUAACACCUAUAGUCAUUCCAGGCACUGACCACUUAGUGAGAAGACCCAGCCAAGGUAUUAGCAUCAACUCCAUGCUUUCAGAUGAGACCAACUUAUGCAAUGGUAAGCCUGUAGAUGGACUGACUACUUUGCGCAACGGGACAUUAGUUGCAUUUCGAGGUCAUUAUUUCUGGAUGCUAAAUCCAUUCACUCCACCAUCUCCACCGCGCAGAAUCACCGAAGUUUGGGGUAUUCCCUCCCCUAUUGACACUGUUUUUACUAGAUGCAACUGUGAGGGAAAAACUUUCUUCUUUAAGGAUUCCCAGUACUGGCGUUUCACCAACGACAUACAAGAUGCAGGGUAUCCUAAACAAAUUGUAAAAGGAUUUGGAGGGCUAACAGGGAAAAUAGUGGGAGCUCUUUCAAUAGCUAAACACAACAACAGACCUGAAUCUGUGUAUUUUUUCAAGAGAGGUGGCAACGUUCAGCAGUACACUUACAAACACGAGCCCACGAGAAAGUGCACUGGACGGAGGCCUGCCAUCAACUAUUCUGUGUAUGGAGGAGCGGCUCAAGUUCGGAGACGUCGCUUUGAAAGAGCUAUUGGGCCUUAUCAAACACAUACUAUCAGAAUUCAUUAUUCACCACCUGUCAGAGUCUCUUAUCAAGACAAAGGUUUCCUCCAUAAUGAAGUCAAAGUGAGCACAAUGUGGAGAGGGCUUCCAAAUGUGAUUACCUCAGCUGUAACACUGCCUAACAGUAGAAAACCUGACGGCUAUGAUUACUACGCAUUUUCCAAGGAUCAAUAUUACAACAUCGAUGUGCCUACUAGAACAGCAAGAGCAGUUACCACUCGUUCUGGGCAGACCCUCUCCAAAGUCUGGUACAACUGUCCUUAGUCUGAUGGGCAGUGGAAGAGCUGAGUAACACAAAAAAAGAAAUGAACAACUUUUGACACAGAAAUACGUUUUAUUAAUAAAGAAUGUUGAGAUAA